UACCUCUCCCACUUCGCACUUUACGGCGCCGCCCCCUGUUCUACUUACACAAGUUGACCGUGUGCGGUCCAUAUCGCUCUAGAAUGCUGUGCAGGGCAGCACUAAGGAACCUUUUGGCGACUAGGAGCUGGAGGAGAAGCUGCGGUGUCAGGGCUUUCUAUGAGGAUGGCAAAGAUAAAAUUCAGCAGAUGGUGCCAGAUGAAUCGGAAUUAAGGCCUCUUUAUAUGGAUGUUCAAGCUACCACUCCGCUGGAUCCCAGAGUUGUAGACAGCAUGAUGCCUUUUAUGGUGAAUUAUUACGGAAACCCUCACUCCAGGACUCAUGCCUAUGGAUGGGAGAGUGAAAAGGCAAUGGAGAAAGGCCGACAGCAAGUUGCCUCUCUGAUUGGAGCAGAUUCUCGUGAAAUCAUUUUCACAAGUGGUGCAACAGAGUCAAAUAAUAUUGCAUUGAAGGGAGUUGCCAGAUUCUACAAGUCGCGUAAGAAGCACAUCAUCACUACACAGACAGAGCACAAGUGUGUACUGGAUUCAUGUCGGUCAUUAGAGGCGGAAGGAUUCCAAAUCACGUAUCUUCCUGUCAAAAGUAACGGCCUGUUGGACUUGAAGGUAUUGGAGGAAGCCAUUCGACCAGACACAAGCCUGGUGUCUGUAAUGGCUGUGAAUAAUGAGAUAGGUGUGAAACAGCCUAUACACGAGAUAGGACAUAUUUGUAGCUCUCGUAAGGUAUUUUUCCACACAGAUGCAGCACAAGCAGUGGGAAAAAUUCCUGUCAAUGUUAACGAGAUGAAGAUUGAUUUGAUGAGUAUCAGCGCACAUAAAAUCUACGGGCCGAAAGGAAUCGGAGCAAUUUAUGUUCGUCGGCGACCAAGGGUCAGAGUGGAAGCCCUGCUUAGUGGUGGUGGUCAAGAAAGAGGUCUGAGAUCUGGGACUGUCCCAGCGCCGCUCACAGUUGGAUUUGGUAGAGCUUGUGAAGUAGCCCAGGAGGAGCUGCAGUAUGACCACAGGAGAAUCAGCUAUCUGUCUGAUAAACUAAUCAACACUAUCAUGAGCCAAAUUCCACAGGUUGUUUUAAAUGGAGAUCCAGAACAGCGUUACCCAGGCUGUGUUAAUCUUUCCUUUUCAUACGUUGAAGGCGAGAGUUUGUUGAUGGCUUUGAAAGAUGUGGCCCUUUCAUCUGGCAGUGCUUGCACAUCCGCAUCAUUAGAACCAUCUUAUGUCCUUCGAGCCAUUGGAGCAGAUGAGGAUUUGGCUCAUUCCUCUAUCAGAUUUGGCAUAGGACGCUUCACCACAGAAGAAGAGAUCGAUUAUACUGUCAACAAAUGUAUCCGUGAGGUGAAAAGACUCCGUGAAAUGAGCCCACUGUGGGAGAUGGUACAAGAUGGCAUCGACAUAAAGAGCAUACAGUGGACUCAGCAUUGAACAAAGCACUAUUCUGGACUUGAACACUGUAGAUACGUUCUACAGCUUAGUCCUUUGAGAUCUGUUACACAAAACAUAAUAUUAAUAGAACUGUCGCUCUUCUUUUAGCAGAGGGGUUUGUCUGAUGCGUGUGACCCUAGCUUCCUCCUUUUUAUUCAGUGCAGGGUUAAAGAUUCGGCAUUUGCAGGAAAGUAGCACAGUUGACCUAUAACUGUCUACUGCAGAACUCAUAAUAUGAUAUAUUGUAUGUAUCCUAUGUUAUAUGGGAGUAUUUAAAUCCGAUUUAUGUGGACUGUGGCUCUCCUACUGACUUGCGCAUCGUGGGAAUUUUAGUUUAACAUUUAGAGAAGAAAAGCAAUUUACAAUGGCUGUGGCUAUAUUUUAUGGAAAUAACUUGCCAUUUGCCUUUUGUUUUAGAAAACAAAAAUGUAUUUUUUUAUUUUUUUUGCAAAAAAGUAAAUAAAAUGGAUUCCUAUUCUCCUGGAUUCCAAUGUCCGAUUGGGCUCUGGGUUUUCACUUUUCUUUUUAUAUCUGACAAUAGCCCCCUUAACUGUAUUCAGUCUUGUUCAAGAUAUCAUGAAUAGGACAGAGGUACUUUAAAUGUAUACUGGCAAAUCUCAUUAAUUAUAUAUUUAUACUAUUGGGAAAGAUGCCUUUUUCCUAAUGGCAAAUGCAUUAUCAAAAAUAUUUUUAAAAAUCCACUUUGCGGCGGUGGUGGUAUUUGCGGUUAUUGUCUUCUUUAGCUUACUUCGACAAAAAAUUCACAGAUACCUACCAGGCUGCCAUAUAAGGGAGAAAUGAUAAAAUAAUUUGAUGGAUUUGUUAGUUGCAUCCCCAGCAAGCAAAGUAUAUACUGCCAGUGAUUUAUUUGAUGAGCAACGAUUUUGAAUAAAUUGUCCCACAAGGGAGACUGGUAUUAGCUUUAGUUAGUGUUUAUACGAGCAGUACCCCAGAUAAAUAGAAAAGAGAACAGAAAAAAUGCUAUUUUUUUACAUUUUCUUCAAAGUAAUGUCAUACGAGUUUUUUAAAUAGUUCUCCAUGUAUUGUUUAAAGAUCUGGGAAUUCUUAAAUCCUAGAUGCAACCAAGUAAUGUCAUACUAUUCUGCCCACGGCUCCUGAUUAGUACUUUGCACAUUUGUGCCAAGUACCUCUUUGAUCAAUCUUGUUAGUGAGGCAAUCCCAUGAUGUUCUUUAAUUGUGCCAACUAAAUGGGUGUUUUAAGAAAGAAUUCUCAAGCAAGGUAAAACCUUAUUGAUUACAUAGAAUUUUGGCAGGGUAGCGACGGAAAAAGAGAUGCCACAUUGUCUUACAAAACAAAGGAUGUUUGCUGCAGUGAGAAUGUAAAAAACGUUUGAGAUGGUUCCUUGAAAUAUGUUUCUGUUUUGAAAACGCUGUUCGGGUUUAAGCAUGUUAUGUUGAAUGCCUUCAGUGGUGAGAUAUCUGGAUAUGUCAUGUCAUUAAAUCUAUUUUGCUGCCGAGAGGUUCUGUGCCUGCAACUAAAAAGACACUUGAACAUUGCAGUCUCUAAACGCACAUUACAUAUUGCAUUUUCUAAACGCACAAGGACACACAUUUUGUGUGCUCCACACUUUUUGUGCAAUAU